CCUUGCUUAAUGACAGCUCUGCUGCAGGAUUACUGGGGCUGCGAAGACUUGUGCCAUCUGGAUGCCCGUCUCGACAGCGUGCUGGGGUUUAUGGCUGGUGCAUUUGUUGUCAUAAAUAUGUUUUCAUGAUUUAGGUCAGAGGUUGUCCCUCAGCAGAAAUGUCUCGGCAGUGCACAGUGGGGCGAAAUCCAUCGAUAGCUGAUCAGCUUCCCUGGAUUUCGCUGACGACCCCAAUUUGUUUUGCCUGAAGAUGGAAACACUGGAGUCGGAGCUGACCUGCCCAAUCUGUCUGGAGCUCUUUGAGGACCCGCUGCUCUUGCCCUGCGCUCACAGCCUUUGUUUCAACUGCGCCCAUCGUAUCCUGGUGUCACACUGCACGCCCAGCGAGCCAAUUCAGUCCAUCAGCGCCUUUCAGUGCCCGACCUGUCGCUAUGUCAUCACCCUCAACCAGAGGGGCCUAGAGGGACUCAAGCGCAACGUUACGUUACAGAACAUCAUUGACCGCUACCAGAAGGCUUCUCUAAGCGGGCCUAACUCUCCUAACGAGACUCGGCGGGAGCGAGCCGUCCCCGACAGCAAAGCCAUGACGUCUCCCGGCGACCGGGUGCAGUGUCAGUUCUGUGAGCAGGACCCUCCGCAGGAUGCCGUGAAGACCUGCGUCACCUGCGAGGUGUCCUACUGCGAGGAGUGCCUCAAGGCCACCCACCCCAACAAGAAGCCUUUCACGGGCCACCGUCUAAUCGAGCCCUUGCUGGACUCCCACCUGCGAGGCCUCAUGUGUCUGGAGCAUGAGGACGAGAAGGUCAACAUGUACUGUGUGACGGAUGAACAGUUGAUCUGUGCGCUGUGUAAGCUGGUUGGCCGACACCGGGACCACCAAGUGGCAGCCCUCAGUGAACGAUAUGACAAACUCAAGCAAGCCUUGGAUUCCAACCUCAGCAGUCUAAUCAAGAGGACCAGUGAUUUGGAAAGUCUGAUGGGCAAACUUAUCCAAACCUGCCAACACGUGGAGGUAAAUGCAUCGCGGCAAGAAAGCAAGCUGCUGGAGGAGUGUGACCUGCUGAUUAAUAUCAUACAGCAGCGAAGACAAAUCAUAGCAACCAAGAUAAAGGAGGGAAAGGCUGUGCGGCUGAGGAAGCUCGCCCAGCAGAUCGCCAGCUGCAAGCAGUGCAUCGAGAGGUCCUCCUCCCUCAUCACUCAGGCCGACCAGACGCUCAAGGAGACGGACCACACUCGCUUCCUCCAAACGGCCAAAAGCAUCUGUGAGAGAGUUUCGAUGGCCACGGCGUCCUCUCAAAUCCUCUUACCAGAAAUUAACUUGAAUGACACCUUUGAUACUUUUGCUUUGGACUUCACAAGGGAGAAGAAAAUGCUAGAAAGCUUGGAUUACCUCACAGCACCAAAUCCGCCGGUAAUCCGCGAGGAAUUAUGCACAGCUUCGUAUGACACGAUCACGGUUCACUGGACCUCAGACGAUGAAUUCUCCGUUGUGUCAUAUGAACUCCAGUACGCCAUCUUCACCAGCCAAUCAAAUGUUGUCAGUUUGUGUAACUCUGCUGAUAGCUGGAUGAUUGUACCAAACAUCAAGCAGAAUCACUACACUGUGCACGGGCUCCAGUGCGGCACCAAGUACAUUUUCAUCGUAAAGGCCAUAAACCAGGCUGGGAACCGCAGCAGCGAACCAGGGAAACUCAAGACCAACAGUCAGCCGUUCAAGUUGGACCCGAAGUCAGCUCACCGGAAGCUGAGGGUGUCCCACGACAACCUGACAGUGGAGAGGGACGAGACGUCAUCCAAGAAGAGCCACAGUCAGGACCGCUUCUCCAGCCACAGCAGCUACGGUGUCACAGGAAACGUCUACAUCGACAGCGGCCGCCAUUACUGGGAGGCUCUGAUCGGAGGAAGCACAUGGUUUGCAGUGGGCGUUGCAUACAAGUCAGCACCGAAACACGAGUGGGUUGGCAAAAACUCGGCCUCCUGGGUCCUGUCUAGAUGCAACAACUCGUGGGUGGUGCGUCACAACAGUAAGGAGAUGCCCAUCGAGCCCUCGCCCCACCUGCGGCGCCUCGGGAUAUUGUUGGACUACGACUCCGGAUCGCUGUCUUUCUACGACGCGGUUGGCUCCCAGCACUUGUACACGUUUGACAUCGCCUUUGCUCAGCCAGUCUGCCCCGUGUUCAACGUGUGGAACAGGUGUUUAACAGUCCUCACUGGACUGCCCAUCCCAGAUCACUUAGAGGGGACAGACUACAACAACUGACAAAACCCGUCCUGCUGGAUUUCCUUUGUGUAGCCAAAAAGAGACCAGACUGCCUGCACCUCAUCGACUGUGAUGCCCACAUACGCACUGUUGACAAAAUACAAGCAGUAACCGAACGAGAUGGCACAGGUGUACAUUCCUGAUCAGUAUGUUGAAAUGAAUUGGAAUUAUUUAAGAACUGAUUUGCAAACAUCUGUAGAUGUAUUUCUUUGCUUUGCACAUUUAUGUACAUUACACUGCUGGAUGGGUUCAAGGGUCUGCUUACAGUGUGAAAUUCAUUGAGGUAUUCCCAAAUAGGCUGCAGUUUGUUUUUAUUAUUAUUAUUAUUUCUAAAUUCAUAUUCACACUUUUCCAGUCAUGUGUUGUUAAGGGUGAUGAUCAACCCUUAAGUGCAAGUGACAAGCAGACUCCCUCACUUCAGUUUUUCUGGAAGGUUGUAUUAUAGCUUAUUUUAAAUGUAACAUUUUUGAAAGAUUUUUUAAUUCAUAGCACUUUGAGAGGACAGAGUUGUCACUAUAAAAUGCAUUUCUAAGCCACUUGUCCCAUAAUGCAAACGUUUCCUUAUAAAAGCACUUAAAUAGAUCUGAUAACAAGAGUUAACAACAGUUUAAUUUAGAAAAUGUAACGUGAAAUUCAGCAGUUUUGAAAUAUUUAUUAUCUGUAAAUGCUCGAGCACAGUUCGGCAUUAUGGGAUUAUUCAUCUCCUCAUCGUAGCAGUUUCAAAGACGGUCUUUUUCACAAUUUUCACAUUUAAAUUUCUCUCUGACAAGAUGGAAUAAAAGUUACUUCAUUUGA